CGACGCUAUAAAAAAGGACGUACUUACAGUUGGUCAAGUAAUUGCAUUGACGAGUAAAAAAUAAAAUAAAAAAGUAGAGAAAACAGAAAACCAUGUCAUGGGAGAGCAUUGCAUCAAAGGACCUGCUUAGCAUCCCACCAAGUCAUAACUUAUCUGCAACUCACUUACUGGCCUCUCCUGAUGGAUCCCGCUACCUGCUAGAGCAUUCAAAUGAUCUAUGUCAAUUUGACGAGAAUUACUCGAGAGUUGCCGGUUAUGGGUCUAGUCCUGAAGAUGGGGGAUCCCGUUCACUAUGGGUACGACACGGCUUUGCCCGAUCUGGCCAGGCCAAUACUGUCAUCAGCUGCUUUUGGGCAUGUCAAAGAAGUCUUCGUCAGUACAUAGCAAAACGGAAGAUCGAGCGCGGACUGCGACUGUAUGAGCAACAUAAUCAAACGGCGGCCGUUCGCACCUGGAGGAGUGCGUUAAAGGGUACCUGUCGUCGGGAGGAUUGCUUUCAGCUGUUGGGGUAUUUGUAUUCGGCGCACAUGGAUUGGGGAAAGUAUCGAGAUGCCAUUGACUUUGGCCACCAACAGCUGGGCAUAUCCGAAGAGCUAGACUCACCAAAUAUGCGAGCCGAAACCUAUUUGAACCUGAGCCGAGCCCAUGCGAGUCUCGGCGGACUGGAACGGGCCUUGGCCUAUGCUCGGCAUUCACUCUACAAUGAGUCGGGGACAAAGUGUCGCAGCGGUCUGGUUCAUUUGACAGUGGCAAGAGUCUACCUGGAGAUGGGAGGAUUCUCUAGGGCCUUAGAGGGCUUGCAAGGAGCACACAAGAUCGCCACUGCCAUCGGCGAUCCUUCGUUGGAGCUGCAGGUUUAUGUGGCCCUCUCCGAACUAUUCGGUCGUCUCCAGGAUAAUGAUAAAAGUGCAACGUAUGCCUCCAAGGCCUACGAUUUAUCACGAUCUCUACAGCUGGGGGAUCUUAACUCGUGCCAUCAUCGAGCUGCUUUAUUGCGAAUGGCGGCCUCGUUGCGAAAACAGGGUGAACUCGGAGAUGCUCAUGAUUAUUGCAUGGAAGCCACGAGGCUCUCUCUUAUUUCCGGAGAUCAGGCUACAUAUAUGCGCAGCAUUCGUGUCAUGGGGGAUAUUUACCGCAAAAAGAUGGAUAUUGAUAGAGCAUUCCGACAGUAUGAGCAGGCAAUGGGCACUUCGGCAACCCUAGGCGAUCGCAUGGCUCAAAUGGAGGCGAUGGAUGGUGCAGCCCGUUGUCUGGAGACCUUACGUCUUCAAAGUAAGAUCUGCAAUUGUCGGCCUUUGGAGUUCAACACUCGUCUGUUGGAGGUUGCCAGUUCGAUUGGCGCUAAGCUGUUGGUUCGAAAAAUACGAAGUCGAUUAGCACUUAUAUACCGGGCAUUGGGCGACGAGGAUCAGUGUAAUACACACCUCCGUCUAGCCGAUCAGACCGACGCGGCCUUAGGGCUAAAUUGUGGUGCCUGCGGAGAGGUUUUUGGUCUUCAGCCUGCCAAUCUAGAAGCACUGCCAUGUGCACACAUUCUUCAUGCCAGAUGUGCUCAUGAAAUCUGGCGGCGUCGGGAUAAAAAUACUCCGGCCCGUUCCUGCCCCGCAUGCCAUAAACUGCUUAACUCCCGCCUACAUCUCUGUGGAAGCGGAAGUACAGCUGAAAACGAGAACUUUGACGGAAGCAGCGUUACGACCGUUACGCUCAAUGCAAAUGGAUUGGCGUUGGAUGGAUUUAUGGGACUAAAUGCGGAUUCUGUGCUACCGUUACCGCUACCGUUGCCAGCUCGUACCACAAAUGAGUCGGCGGUGUUUUGCAGUGGACUUAAGAAUAAGUCAAUGCCAAGUAUCGAAAGUACCGCAUUGCUACUAACUUCGAAUGCCUCCCCAAAAGCCGUUUACAGAAGUAACCUAUCCUUGGCCUCCCUGAGCAUGCGCGCCUCCAGCCUGACGAUCGACAGUGCACGAAAUGCCACAUCCUCCGUUUAAACCUGAGUCAGAGUCUGAGCUCGAGUUCGAGUUCGAGUGGGUGCAAAAGGUUAAAUGUUAUUUAUAGAUUCAAGCUUGUUAGAUAGUUAUCAGUUACAUAGCAUCACAAUAAAUGGAUACUAGCCUAACAACAUUUUUAUUUAAAAUUUAGCUAACUAUUGAUAAUCGAUAUUGAUGCAAUAUGUAUACACUGUAUAUGUACACUGAUUACCGAUAUUUAUCAUAUUUUUAUCAAAUAUUCAUAUUUCACCUUAAUUUAUU